UAAAGCCUGGGCAAGGGCAGGGCCGGGCAGGAUGAGCUCCGGCGGCUGUUCGACGUGCCUGGAGACCGUCUUCGCCGCCGUCCUCCCGCCGCUCGGCGUCUUCUUCCGGUACGGCUGGUGCAGCCCGGAGUUCUUCAUCUCGCUGCCGCUAACGUUGCUCGGCUACGUCCCCGGCAUCGUCUACUCCCUCUAUGUCAUCCUGAAGACGCCGCCGGAGCUGCCGAGCAUCGACGGCGACCGUCCCUACUACAUCCUCGCCUGACAAGCUCCUUCGAGCAUGGCGUGCGUACAUGCUACUGUAAUUUAGCUCGCUGCAUACUGUGUCGCCAUUGGUUGAAUUGGAGAUGGUUUGUAAUUAAGCGGUGUGUUAAUUAGUGUGUAGCUAGUGGUUUGAGGAAUUAGCCACUGUUCUUUCUUUCUCGAUUGGAUUGGUGCUGUGCUGUGUUGGAUUAUGGAUGGGCUUAGGUCCAUAUAAACAAUA